GUACUCCCAUCACCACGUGGUCCCUUCAGCGCGUCCCAGGAAGUUAAGAAAGUAGGUUAUUUCUUUGUUUGACUGUGUAACUCAUCAACCAAUCACAGAGGAAAGUGUUUAUUUAAAGGAUUAUAGAAAGAGCGAACAUUGAAAGGGAAAUGUCUGAAAACGUUGAAGUAGCAACUCCACGUGCAGAAGGAGAGCGGGAAGAAGAAGUUACAGAUAAAGGCAAGUUACUCAAGAUGGAAGAGGUGGUUGUCUCUCAACCAAGUACUUCACAAACUGGUCCAGAAAAAGCACCCGUGACACAGGAAACCAGCGAUGGGGAAUCUGAGGCGUGCGCAGCUUGUCUAAAACUGUUCUCUAUAUUAGUGAUUGUUCUCUUCUUCCCAUUCUCCCUCGUGUGUUCUUUAAAGAUGGUGCAGGAGUAUGAACGUGCUGUCAUUUUUCGUUUGGGACGAAUUAUUGAUGGAGGUGCAAAGGGACCAGGUCUAUUUUUCGUGUACCCGUGCAUGGAUUCAGUUACAACAGUUGACAUGAGAACCAAAGCUUUUGACAUUAACCCUCAAGAGAUUUUGACAAAGGAUCAGUUGACCGUGAUGGUAGACGCAGUGAUGUAUUUGAAAAUUAUUGACCCUGUUUUGUCCGUGACGAAGGUAGAAAACGUGAACGGUUCAUGUAAAUUAUUGGGAGCUACAACGUUGAGGAACACACUGGGGACCUACAACAUGACAGAUAUCUUGUCCAAACGUGACGAGAUUAACACUCAGAUGAAGGUUCUUCUUGACGAGGCAACGGAUCCCUGGGGCGUUGAUGUAGAACGUGUGGAAAUCACCGAUGUACGUCUACCAGAACAGAUGCAGAGGGCAAUGGCGGCUGAGGCCGAGGCAACAAGGGAGGCUCGAGCUAAGGUUAUUGCCGCUGAAGGUGAACAGAAAGCAUCACGUGCUUUGAAAGAGGCAGCAGACGUCAUGAUCGAAUCUCCCGCCGCGAUGCAACUCCGUUACCUGCAGACGCUUAACACUGUUGCUGCUGAAAAAAAUUCGACCAUUAUCUUCCCUCUACCGAUUGAAUUCUUGAAAACAUUUACAGUGCAACCUCAGAAUCAGAGUCAGUAGACUUUUGAAGACCUGUAUAUGACAAUCUUUUAUGUUUUAGUUGUGUAUUAAUGUAAUAUGUUGCAAAUGCUUUAAAAAUAUGCAAUAACGGGGCAAUAUUACCCUUUAUACCCCAUUUUAUUAUUUAUAUUAAAGAAUAAACUUAAUCAUGUAUAUAUACAUGUUGUUCACUAAUAAUAUCACUUAGACACAAUUAAAGUCUUCAUGUCCUGCGCUAGUUCUCUUAUAAUACAUUAUAAAUAUCUAGUCUUUUAAAGUAUUUAACACUACUAAUGGCCUAUAUUUUAUUUUUAUAUUUUGAACAAUAUCUGUUUUCUUACAAUUUUGAGCUAUUGUUCAUUUGACUUAUAAUAUUCUGAUACCAACAUAUAAACAUUAAUUUUGUUUUAUCUUACUUUAUUAUGUAUUUUACAUGUGUAGCAAAUAAGUUUUUUUUUAAUGAAACAUUUUUAAAUGAACGUUUCACAAUUUAGAGGCCGAUAAGAGCAGAGAUUAAAUAUCCACAUGUAUCAUUUAUAAAUUGUGAUAAAUCUGAAAUGACGUCAUGUGAAUGCCUUACACAAAGUGUCCUGCAAGUGUUCAUGGAAAUCACUUGUUCUAUAACUUAGAAUAUAUUUAUAUAGGCAAUUGUGAAUGUAUGACACACAUAUAUAUAUUUUGGUAGUAUAAUUUCAGCAUUGUACAAUUAUCUAUUAAACUGUUAUAAACAGCAUCUUACAAACACGAAAAAAGCUAACGGAAGAAUUAUAGAGAGACUGAUCUGUGUUAUUGUGACUAUUUUAACAUCAUUUCUUAUUGGCAUUUCAACUUUUGUUUAUAAUGUUCGCAAUUUUUAUUGAUAUAAAUUAUUCCUUAACAAAGCCAAGAUAUUGUAACUAAUAUUUCACCACAGGAUUUGAUCACUUUAUCUUUUGAUACUAUGCAUUUACUUUUUAAUUUUUUUCUUAUUAAACUCUUAAACGUCUGAUCUUACCAAUCUGGGAAAAGUUGGACUUUUUUUCAUAAUGAGAUUGUAUGUUUAAUUAACAUAACAAAAGGUAAACUUGUUUAUUCUGAAUGCCACUUAAUUCUGAAUGCUAGUUUAUUCUGAAUGCCAGUUUAUUCUGACUGCCAUAUUGUGUUCAAAAUAUCCCUGUCGCUGUUGCUGCAUUUUCUAUUUUAUAACUUUAUUGUAUUUUCUUGCCUGUAUGUACAUUUAUAUUUAUUUACAUUGGUACAAAAUAUAAACAUGUAUUAGAAUUAAAUAAUACUUUUAGA